UUGAGUUUUCUACAAGACUCCAGAGAAAUGCGGAGUGUAUAUAUAUCCGGUAGUUUUCAUGAAUAGGCCAACAACAGGCAAUAGAUAUGGGUUGGGUUUGGCAAGACGAUGAGGACGAUUCUCACAGCUCACGUGACGUCUCCGGCUAUGAUAUCGACAACGAUUCCGUUAACCCUAGCGGGUCAAACGCGAGAGACGGCGGUAAAUGCGCCACCCGGAAAGUCGUAAGGACGCAGUGCCGAACAGAGGAGUCCGAACCUGGUAAGUUCAUCCGGAAGUGCGAGAAGACAGAGCAGAUAUUCAAGGACUGCGUUGGAAGGCCUUCUGAGAUGGUGCAAUCAAACAAAGAAUACACAGAGGAAGACGUGACAAGCCAUAUGACUAAAAGUUUCCCUUUGGAUUCAUCACAGCAAGGGCCUUUUCUUCCCGGACUGCGUGGUGACAUUGAAGCCAUGGAACGCAACUUCUUCAGUGGUCUUGAUCGUUUCUUUGAUGCAGCGGAGCAGACAAUGAAUGGAUUCUUUAGUUCAUUUGGACUCCCCCGUGCUUAUGAAGACAAUGACAGUACUAAUACUAAAUCAUUCCCAGCCUGGGGUCGUCGACGUAUACCACUCGCGGAAGGCAACCCCUCAAAGGAAUCUUCUACUGGAGUGAGUACUUCCAAUGGAGACAUUGAUUUUUCUGGAUUGACUAAAGAUGUUUAAAGAAGGGUUUGUCGGUGUGUUUAAAGAGCUGUUACUAGUUUGAUUGACAGUUGAUGGUGAAUAUGAGCUCUAUAUACCAUAUAAAUAAUUUGGACCAUAAAUUUAAACUAUGUAACUUUGGGGGUCGAGCGUUUCUUGGUAAUGCACAAUGCAUUUUGUCAAUCUGACAUAUCUUUAAGGGGUAAUUUGACUUUGCACCCCAUAUUAUUGUCCAAAUUGGACUUUGCACCCCGUUUUUAAAAAUCUUUGUUUUUGCACCCCAACCCCAUAUGAAAAGACAAAAAUGCCCUCAACCAGGAAUAUGCUGAAGACCAACACAAUUGUUAAUGGAUGGGCAUUUUUGUCUUUUCAAAUGGGGUUGGGGUGCAAAAACAAAUAUUUUUAAAAACAGGGUGCAAAGUCCAAUUUGGACAAUAAAAUGGGGUGCAAACUCAAAUUAUCCCUAUCUUUAAAUAAGAAAUGGGACUUUUUUUAGAGGAACCUCAUAUUAAUUCAUUUUCAAUUUUUCAUUUCAAUUUCUACAAGUGUAAUAAUACUUUAUGGCAAACCAUUAUCUGACAUCAUUCUUUCCAUUAAAUGA